GCGAACCACUGCGCAGGUGCAAAGUGCACGGACCUGCCAAAGAGAAGCUUCAGCCCAGGGCCUGCCGCCCCGCACAGGUCAGAUAACCCAGUUUUGAACUGCGACUCUGAGCCAGCUCGAGGAAGCUUUGUGCUGUAUCUCUAUCCAGCAGUUUCACCUGCGGUGUUUGUCCUCGUGUCAACAGAAGCACAAAGAACAGGCCCUUUUCGUUCUUAGCCCGUGUGCAAAUCUGGCUCUCCAGCAAGUCCCUGGGGCGCCUGGUCAAUGCAGCCCUCUGUGCAGGCCUGGCGGUCCAGCACCUCCCUGUCCUCAGCCCCCAUUGGCUGACUUGACCUACAGUGGACUGCGCCAGGGCCCACACCCUGUCCUCCCUGGAGGGAGGAAUAAGAGGCUGACUCAGUCCACAGUUCUGCCACUCAGGCUGCUGCAGCCAGAGACUCACCGGCGGCAGGAGGUGACCAGGAGGAGGAUGUCUGAGCUGGAGAAGGCCAUGGUGGGCCUCAUUGAUGUCUUCCACCAGUAUUCUGGAAGGGAAGGUGACAAGCACAAGCUGAAGAAAUCUGAACUUAAGGAACUCAUCAAUACUGAGCUCCCCCACUUUCUGGAGGAAAUCAAAGAGCAGGAGGUUGUAGACAAAGUCAUGGAAACACUGGAUGAAGAUGGAGAUGGGGAAUGUGACUUUCAGGAAUUUAUGGCCUUCAUUGCCAUGGUGACCACUGCCUGUCAUGAGUUCUUUGAACAUGAGUGAGACAGAGAAGGAGCUGAGCUGUUUCUGCGAGAAGAUGAAGGUCAUUCCAGUAACCAGAACACAAGCCUUGCAGGCUUGUAGGACUGAGGUCUCAGCCAGGCAUAACUAAUUAGGAAGCUUGAUUUGCUGUAAAUGAAAAGUUGAAAACCCCUUCUCAAGAGCUGCUUUAAACUGCUGCAUCACUGUUUCUGCCAUAUUAGGCAUUUAUGUAGGCUCACUAGUCCCAGGGAGUAUUGUAAUAACCUCUUUGGAAAGUCAGCCCUCAGACAUAAAGCCUAUGUUGGACAGACAC